AUGUCGACCUCCCAGCAACUCCUCACAACUCCACCUCCCGAAUAUGGGGCCUCACUCAGUCCGCCAGAACUUGAAGAAAUUGAUCUUCCCCAUGUAUCUGUAGACGUAAAAUCAAAUGAGAACAAUGCUCCCCCAGUAGCAAAAAGUGUUAUUGCUACCACGGAAACCGGAGAAGCAAAUAGCGAUAAUAAUAGUAGUCACGUCUCGCUAUGGGAUGCCCAAACGAAAAAGCGUCCGGCUCUAAUUGCCUGGUGUGUAAUAGAAUCUGUGCUACGUCUGUUGGUCGUAUGUAUUACAGCCAGAAAUUAUUCUGCACCAUAUACAAUAAUCAAUUCACUAGGAAUAUUUUUAGGAAAAGAAUAUUACAUCACCUUAGUCAAUUCAAUAUGGCCCGACUCUGAUCCACUUGAAGCGACCGUAGAUCGACCGGGCAUUAGGAUUGAUCUUGUAUGGUUAAAGCAAGGUUUCUAUUACGUACUUUAUAAUCUCAUAAUUGGCAUCUCGCUUUGGGUUGUGACCUGGAAAGAUGCCAAUGACCAAGACGACUACGCUAAGUGGUUAGCUACAACCGGUCUCGUUGCAUGUCUGCUUAAUAUUACCAGCUAUUUUGUUGGUAUCGCAAGCAUGGCAUGGGUGUAUCGCCCGACAGACGAUCUUAAUUAG